AUGACAUCUGAACCUGGCCUGCAGGCCGCAGAUCUGAAGCAUCAAGUCAAGGAAGCCCUGGCCAACAAAGAAAGGCUAACCCUCGAGAAGAUCGGCCUGGAAGUGGAGCUCGAGUCGCAGCAAAAGCGCUGCGAGCAGGAGCGCCUGGAGCUGAAGCGCCAUGGGAUGUCCCAGCCCGAUGAGAUCGAUCUCAGCUGCCUGCGUGCCGAGCUCGCGGCGCGGAAGGAGCUGGCAGAGGGCGCGCUCGCAGAGAGCCGGCGCAAGAUCGCCGAGGCCGAGGCGUCUUUGAGCGCCGCCUCGGAGGCUGCUGCCGAGCACCGUGCUGCAGCUGCUGACCGCAGGAAGGCCUUUGAGCUCCUGGGCCGCCCUUCCGAGGUUCCUGAGCCCAUGAGCGUCCUGGAAGAAGCUCGCGCAGCUAGGCUAGUGGCUGCCGAGAGCCUUGAAGCCGUCCGUGAAGAGGUCGAGCGCAAAGCCCAGUACGAGGAGGACCUGGCUGCACCCGCCUCCAUCGGACCCUCCGUUGUGGCGGACAGCGAGGUUUCGGAGGACAUCCUCCGCUUCGACUUCGCCUUGGAUGGAGAGGCGCUGAAACGAAGCUGUGAGGAGCAUGACGGUGUAACGCAUGCCGAGGGCUCUGAAGUCGGAGGAACCUGUGUCCCUCCGGCGGCUGCGCGAGUCCCUGUCGCCGCUCCUGCCGAUUUUGAGAUUCACGCUGCACGCCCGGCACCCGGCGAUCUUCAGCUCCUGCUCCGCCUCGGCGCCAGGCACUUGGAGCGUCUGGAGCGUCAGCGGCAGACGCUUGGAUCUCAGCGGUUAGAGCAAGAGUCGCAGAGUCACAUGACGGACGUCACAACCUACAUGUUCGAUGAAGUCUCGUGCGACAAGCUGUCUGACGGUUCGUUCGAGUUCCUGAAGUUCACAAGUUCGACGGUUCAGAUCCAGGGAACCGAGAAGGGCCUUGAGGGCAAGUACCGCACGCAACUGUCUCCGCCCAGGAGAAGGUCCGAGUCUCCACCGCCGCGCGGACGCUCUGGAACCGGUGGCCUGAGCUUCGUGAGUCCGAGCAGGGAGCCUGUGACUUCGACUGAGGACCUGGCGAAGGCCUAUCAAAGCGAUGAGGCCUCUCCCCGCCUAGUACGGCCGGAGCCCUCCGCUACUCGGGAUUCGGCGCUGGCUUUGGCUUUGGAGCGCUCGCAGGAUCACAUCGAAGCCCUACAGAGGGAGCGAGAUGAGGCAGGAGAGAGACAGAGAGAGAGAGAGAGAGUUGAUUCAUCGUGUACGAACUGCUGCACUGAACUGUAG